CUCGGUUUCUGUUUUACAGCUUGCGAACGGCACCGGUUCCACCACGGGACAGUGCCCGUACAGACCCGCUGGUGCUGGAGGGUUACGGCUGCAGUGAGCGGGAAGGUUUCCUCUCGCGGUAAAGUGACAUUGCUCAAGGAUGGAGAGAGAGGCUAGCGUUAGCUGCUAGCUGGCUAAGUAGCCCCGGCUCACAUGAGCUGGGGAUAAAAACAGGCCGUAUUCAGCCAGCUUUCUGAAUACUUCACCGACUUUAAACAUGUAGCUAUGAACGGUGUGCGUGUCGUGAUAAACAGGGCCUAUUAUCGAGCUAGCUCAUGUAGCCAGUGGAUGUAGCUACCCGAAAGGCUGACCGUGACUUCACCUCUGUCACUGUUUACUGCUGGGAUGCUGACUGUGUGUUUGUGGAGAAAGGCACUGAGGCUCGAAUCCGGUUGUUUGUUUUUUUUGGUUUCUAGUUGCUUCUGGUGUCAUUAAACACAAGUAGUAUCAUUGUGUAACGUUACUUAAGCUAUUAAAGAUGAGAAAAACCAACCAGAGUUAGAGCAGAGGACCAGAGAGACGUUCAAAGUCUAAACACAAGCUGCCACUUUCUCUUGUAAAAAGUGGGAGUGACAUUUUCAGGUGGGUCAGGUUUGUCAUUCCACCUAUGAACAAAGUACAGCUGGAGUGUGAUUGCUCUCAAGGCCAGGAUAUAAAAACAUUAAAAAAACACCUGACAAAACAUAAAAACAACAACUUUUUAUGAGUGCAUGAAUUGGGAUAAUAUGCAUAUAGCCCAAUAAAAACACGAAGCGAGAUAUAAAUGCAUAAACUUUUACUCAUGCACAUAUCUGAUCUGCAAUAAAGAUAGUGUAAUGUGUAAAGGUUAAUUAGGCAAUAUCACAUGAAAUAAAAAUGCAUUUUGUAGUACGUAAAUCUGCACAGAAACACAAACUGCUGUCGCCUUGUUAGAGACCUCUGAAUCUCUGCACAUCGCACAUUUCCUCAGUGAUUGCAAUGAAGAGAAACAAAAUGGCAGUUCGGUCUGAUCAGGCCAAAUUAGAUGCAUCAUAAGCAAUGUACACGUUUAGUGACGGGAGUGAAAGUUGGGAUAAGUAUAUACUGGACAAAAUCAAUUAAAUCUGUACUUGAUUUAUUGAUUUUUGUCCAUUUUGAUGUCUCCAGGUCAUAUUUUAGACACACACUUUGUUCUUAAGUUCACAUAAUCACUGAUCAAAAGUAUUCUAAUCUGUGCUCUCAUGGCUAACGUUGGCUGCAGGCUUGACAGCAUGCGUGAGUGAGUCGACAGGAGUUGAGUUGGGAAGCUCGAUGAGUGACUAACCCUGAUGACGAUGCUCAGUUGGGUCAGAGCUGGAGCCUCAGGCAGAUGAUGUCAUGGACGUGAGGGUAGAAGAUCGGUUGUAUUUGCUGACGAGGAAUUUGUGAAGCUCCGGUCUCAGUGUGUGAUGAAGAUGCUGUAGGUGGCCUUUGUAACAGUGACGCCGCAAACAUCUGAUGACCUCACAGCCAUCUGACGAGCCAAAAGAACGCAAAUAAUAAAGUGGAGGGUUGAUUUUGACUUCCCAUCUGACAGACUCUGUCUCCAGCCCCUGAACAUUUCAGUCGGAGCUGAGGGAUUACUUGCCCAGAGUGUGUAUCUGGCUAAGUAAUGUAGUUUGCCACCCAAAUUGGCUCGAUUUGGGGAGUGUAAGUUUAGCUCUGGCAUAAAGCUGUAUUAGCUUUCCCCCGAGAGGGAGUUGACGUCCCCUCCAGAGCUAGAGGCGCAUCAUCGAAAAGGAAGACCAUAACCUUGAAUGAAGGGCCUGACUUGGUGGAGGAGAACAGGCUUCUGACUUGCUGCAGGCUGCUCGGAUCUUCCUCACCCCUUUCCAGCUUUCCAACGUACCUGAAAGACCUGCAUUUGACCAGCUGACAGCUAGUCCGGUUUGUUGGACAUGUGGAUGCUGCUAACGCGGUUUUUGCAGCCAUUUUGGAAAAUCAUCUAGUUGUGAGACUUGUAGCUGAGGGGAAGGCCCAGCCAUGGAGGGUCUUGAGCAACUUGACAUAGUGGGUGAUAUCAGCCCAGCUCUUGAGGCCACCGAGGACUUUAUCCACUGCAUGGAUGGGAUACAAGGCCAAGGUCCGAGCCAAGCUCAGACAGGGACCCUCCAGCCUUCCAGGCAGCCCAAGCAGCUGCAGGAGGUCUCUAGCGCCGCACUGGGGAAGUUGAGCUCCAGCGGCGUGUGGAGCCUGCUGGCUGGAGAGCAGCCAGAGGUGGGGCCUCUAGGCCUGGCCUGGGCUGACAACUUCAGCGUGUUGGGACUGGGGAUGGGCCUGAGACAUGGCAAGAGAAGCCGAGCUCGCUCCACCAACGACCUGGCAGCCCAUACCAAGGAGUGCACCAACAACACCGCCAACUCCUCGUCCAACCCCGCUUUCAAGAAGGGACACAGCCGGUCCAGGUCAGACGUCAACUACCGGCCAUCUGCAUACACUGACAACGGACUGCCCACUGUGGACUGCAACACUCUGAAGAACAUGAUCCUCAACCACCAGCAAGAGGCUGAUAAAAGCAGCAGUGGCAGCGUAGUGAAGCAGGGUCAGAUGGAGCAGCGCGAGGGGCCCCGAGGCCGCUGGACACCCUGCCAUGUCGAGCUGACACCCUGUGAGCUCCGUCUGUACACUCUGGACAGCAGCGCCAACCGCCAGCUGGGCACCGCCUACUCCCUGUCACACUGCCAGAGCGUCAUUUUCCCAGCUCCAUGCAGCCAGCCCGGCCAGAUCACUCAACCCGCCGAUCAACGCACGCUCCAGGCUUUGUUCUUCAACAGCACACGUCUCCAGCUGAGGGCGGCCAGCCAAUGGGAGGCCAUGGAGUGGAGACGGCUGAUGUGGGAGAAGGUGCAGGCAGCCAGACCUGUGAGGCAGGAGAACCGCCAGCGUAAGAACGGAGCAGAAAACCAACAGGUCGCAAAGUUCCCUGCACCCAUGUCACCUUCCUCGUCGCCAUCUCCAUCUGGGCUCGACACUAGGCCUGAUGGGGACAGCGACACCCCCACCUCGGCGGAGGCAUCGCUCUCUCUCCAGCCGAAUUCUGGCAUCCUGAGCAGACCCACUACCUUGCCUCUGUUUACCCAACGGUGCCAGGACGUCCUCAAAGCUGGUCUGCUCCACCAGCUGAUGGAUCAGAACAACUGGCGGGCCUUCACCUUCGUCCUGACCAGAUCCAGUCUCCGGGCCUUCCCCACCGAGGGCCGUGGGUCCGUGUCCCAGCCUGCCCUCCAGUACUCCCUCGCCUCCUGCUUGGCCGUGCAGCAUGACCAGGAGCCGGAGAACGGAGAGACAUGGACAGAUAGAAGGGACUGCUUCCAGGUAGUUUUCCCCAAAGAUGUGCUCAGACUUCGGGCAGACGAUCAACUCAAGGCGCAGGAAUGGGUGGAGGCCCUGCGGGAUGCUGUCGGGGCGCAGAAGCCUGCCCAAGAAGAUGGUGGGGGAUCGGGAGAAGGUGCUCCAGGCCUCCAAGUAGUGCUGUUGAGAUCAAAACCAUCCAGGGAGAGGAGACAGCGGGAGGCCCAGAGAGCCAAGCGGCAGUCAGUCACCACCAGUUUCCUCAGUAUUCUCACCUGUCUUGCUGUGGAAAAGGGGCUCACUGCUCAGAGCUUCAGGUGUGCAGGAUCUUCCCCAGAGAAUACCUGCUACAGCACAUUCACCUGUACUCCAUGGCUGACCUGCAACAGGUGAUUGAUGGAAAACUGGCUCCCUUCUUGUCCAAAGUGAUCAAGUUCGCCAGCUCGCACGUUUUCAGCUGCAGUCUUUGUCGAGAGAAAGGCUUCAUCUGUGAGCUCUGCCACAACGGACAGGUCAUCUACCCCUUCCAGGAGAGCGCCACCAAGAGGUGUGACGGCUGCGGCGCCGUGUUCCACGCCGAGUGCCGGCAGAAAGCUCAGCCGUGUCCUCGCUGCGUUCGCCGGGAACUCCACCACAAGAGGCCGUCCUCCUUCUGGUCGCCCGAUGACGACAGCCCCGGGUGCUUUUACCUGCCCUACCAAGACACCUGAGACACACACACAGACACACACACAUGCAGUAACAGUUAGGCGCUACCAGGCCACGACUCUGGACAAAGUGCCUGUUUUUCUGAUGUGUGUGUGUGUGUGUGUGUGUGUGACUCCAGGACAGAUUUGGUGACAGUUUUGACCUGAGGACGAGCUCAGAGCGUCUGAUCCAUCGUCAGGUUUGUGUUUAUGUGUGUGUGUACUUGCUAACACACACACACACACACCUGAGCAAAGCCCCCCUUUGUCCUACUGUAAAGAGCAGGGAGAAAACCAACUGAAGGACUGCUGCAACAGGCUUUACAGACUCAACUAUGUGUAUUUUGUAGUCCAACAUUCAUGUCAAGAGGGAACCCUCUGCUUUCAUCCUCUCACCACAUCACUCCCUUCACUUAUUUCUCAUUCCAGGGGUUGAAUGCAUGAAAUCACAGCAGAUAAACCGGAGAAAUUUCUACUAAUAUUUGAAACAUUUUGGUGGUUUAUUCUAACUAACAACUUCCACCGGGCAUACUAAAGUUUAGUGUUGAAACAAUUAGCCAGUGUUCUAGGUUCUGUAAUGUGUGUGACUAUAAGCCGAACAAAAAAAAAGGCUUAUUGAAAAUGUCAACUUGGCCCUUGAGAACAUGUAAUGGUGUUUUUUGUCUUUACAGACUGAUUACCUGAGAAUUAAUCUAUGAUGAAAGUAAUCAUUAUUCGUAGCUCUACUCAUGUUAAAGCACCCAAAACCAUUUCAGUAUUAAAGUCUCACGCCUUGAAAAAGUAGCUGUAAAACAUUUAUAGACUCCCUCCAUACAGAGAGUAGCAGCUGCUGUCAGCUUGGAUUCAUGUCAGUUACAAUGAAAUCAAAUAUUAAAGGAUAGGUUCAGUCUGGCCCGUGACACUCUAAAUCUGCUGUUUGAUUGGCAGAUAUCCAGAUGAUUUGUAUAAUUCAGACCGCUAAAGCCUCAUUAAUUCCAGAUAAACUUAUUUUUGUACAGAACGAGAGCUGUGGAUUUUGUCUUCCAUCACCUGCAUUGAAAGGCAUGGACAGGAGGAAGAUUACAGCGAGAAAAAAACACAAACACACUUGGGUAGAGGCAUUUAAGUAUUGUUUUAAGACGGACUGUGAACCUAUCCUUUUCAACAUCAAUAGAAACUGUUCAGACCCCUCCUGCAGCACAGUCCACUGUUUCACUGUCCAUCUGUAAGCUCACCACGUUCCAAACAAACCAUUAUAUUUGCUGUAAUGUGGCUGAAUACAAUUCCUCGAAAGCCUGGGCAAGGGAUAAAUCCAAGGAUGCACUUCCUGUUCUGGCGUGAGCUCCAGGAGACUCGCAGGUCGAUUGGUUUAGGUACUGGCGAGAGGAUGGAAAACAAUCCAGGAAGUCCAGUUUGAGUAUCAGAUUGAUGCGUUUUAGGGCUCCUUUGACACUGCAGAGUGCUCUAUCGUACUCUGAGACAGGAUUUUACAACUCUCUUUCGUCACAGCAGAAACACAGUGUUCAUGUUAUAAAGUGACGCUUGCACAUUGAGUCAGCUUUUUUGCUAGAUGACCGUAAAGUGGAUUACGCUGCAGUUUCAUGAGAUCCUGGGGACAUUUUGCUACUUUUUGCCCAACCGUGACAUCAUGUCGCCACUGAAGUCUAUUGUAACUGACUGAACCAGACACUACGAAAAACAAAACACAAAUGUCAUAUUCAAGUCUUCAUGGGGAGUAUUUGAUUAGAUUUUGGGUUCACAUCGGCUCUAACUGGAGCCUUUAGGUUGGAAUGUUUUACCAACUAAUAAUAAUAAAAUAAUUAAAAGUGAUAGCUGUGAUUGAAGAAUAGAAAUCCCUCCAUCCUGUUUCCGUCUCUCCUUUAUCAGGUCUCAUUCUCCUCGAACCGACUCAUUUCACUUGUAGAUGUGGAAUGAAAGAUGUUGUUUAACUCACCGAUUUCACUCGUUUUCCCAGUGUUCUUUUAAUGUAAAGGACUUUAAUUCAAAAGGGACACUGUGUCCGUCCGUCUGAGCACACUCUCUUCCCUCCAUCACUCUAACUGUAAAAUAACAGGGGCAAUAAUAUACUGUAACUUAUUUUCAUUGUUGCCUUUCCCCUCCUCUCUUCCUCUGUGAUUCUACUUCCUGUUGUGCUUUAUUCAUGCAGAAUCUAUUGAACAUGAUAGCAGCUUUAGCUUUUAGUAUCUCUAUGCAACCUAGAUGGCCUUUCUAACCCACUGCUUUCAUGUGUAAAGGUCUGGAAACACUUUGGUUUACAUUUUCUGAACACUGCUGCACCGGCUGUGUUUCCAUCCUGUGUUACGGCAAAAUCUUAAAGACAUGUUGGGAAAAUAAAGUCAGCUUUGUUUCUGACCGCUGGUUGUAGAUAAAUCUCCAGUCAAAUCAACACAGAAAAUCAUUUAAUCAUCAUUUUUGUAUUCAGUUUUUGGUUUUGUUUAAAGUUUUUGGUGGGUGUUGGAAACUAAAGUUAAUUUUUAUAGUUGGAUACAAUAAGGUUUUUAUUUUUUCUACAAACAAAACACUCAGAAAUGACACCUUAUGGGAGAGUAAACAAUUCCUCCAUGGAUCUUUAAAAGCUGCACUCCCUGAUUUUGCUUCUCAACAGUUGAUGUUUAAGUUUCUAAAUAUCCGACAAGCUUGGAGAAAAUCUCGAGCAUCAUAAAGUCACUGACUGCAGCUUUAAAGUUCGAUAUAGUAGAAUUUGUAAUGAUGUGGAUGGAAAUGUAGCUGCUAUUUCUUCUUAUUUCCUUUUCUGACAAACUGAAGUCUGGGCGCAGCUGGAUUUUAUCUUAAUUUCAGUGUUAAUUCUUCGCUCAUCUGUCACCUCUUUAACUUCUUUUUUUCAGCUUGUUUGAGCUAUAAAAACAUGUUAAUGUUGAAGGUAAUGAACACGUUGCUGUGAUCAGCAGCUGAUACAAACCCCGGGUAUGGGUUUAUUCGUGAAUAUGUAUUUUUGUAAAAAAGAAAAUCAGAGAUUCAUGUUUAUGAAGCAUGAAGGAUAGUGUAGACUGAAACUAAAUAACCUAGUGUAGUUGAAAGUAAGGCAGGAGAAGUGCACUGAUGUCAGCUGAUUACAUUUUUUUUGUUUUUAUUUUAUUUUGAAAGGUAAAACCUGCAGCUGUGUCAGCUGAUAUUAAUAUGAAAUGUUUAAGUUACUGUUGACUGAUUGUACCUGCUGCACAAAUACUGGAAAGGUUGGUUGAAGUAUUUUUGUGUUUUGACUGUGUGAAGUGUUUUCUUUGUUUAAAUCAUGCUGUGCAUUUGCUUACCACAGAGCCCGGCAGGUUUCAGGGAUUUGUUUUUAUUUGUGCUCAUAGAUUAGAGCUCUGCACAGAGACCUGACCUGGCUGAACCAGACUGGUACUGCCAAAUUUGAGAACCAAACCUACCCCACAAUCCAAAGCUAUAGUUCUCUUUUCUGUCACCAAAAAUAGCCUCAACCGGCCGAAGCUCGAAGCUUUACGCAGCUAAACAGCUCCAACCAAGUUGGUGGCUGUACUCCUAAGAUCGCUAAUGCGAGAGUACGAAUGAAUACAAUGUGUAUUUAAAUAAACUGUUAGUUUGUAAAAUAUGUUUAAGGGAUGUUAAUGUUGUUCAACAAACAUCUGAUUCUGUACAUCUGAAAAUGAAGUGCUUUAGAUAAUCUGGAUAAGCUUUUGGCAUGUUUAAGACUUGUGUUCUUGGGCCCUGUUGAACCUACGUGUAACGAUGUUGCUGAAGGUUUCUGGGUGGAAUUUGCUCUUUAGAAUUUUAAGUGUAGCUACA